AGAACGACAAGCUUAACGAUGAGAUCCACACUAUUCCCUCUAGAACACUGUUUGAGCUGGGAUUUGACAGGCCCAUGACAUCGGGGGGAUGAUCUAUAAAGACCUCUUGCUCCUCCAUCUCAUAAUAUUCAUCAAGCCAUCAACUACAUUCAUUCAUUCACUCUUUUCUUCACUUCUUCAAUUCUUGUCCAUACCCACACUCUUUCAACACCAAACCAAAUAUGUAUCUCGCAUCCCUUAUCCUCAGCGCCGGUGCGCUCGUGUCUGCUGUUCCCACCAGCCUGGAUGCUCGUGCGAGCAGCUGCACCUUCACGACCGCCGCCGCUGCCAUCAAGGGCAAGGCUGCUUGCAGCACCAUCACCCUCAGCAACAUCGCUGUCCCAGCCGGAACGACUCUUGAUCUUACCAAGCUCACCAGCGGAACGACUGUCAUCUUCUCUGGCACUACCUCCUUCGGCUACAAGGAGUGGGAGGGCCCCUUGAUCUCGGUCUCUGGUACCAAGAUCACCGUUCAGGGUGCCUCCGGCCAUGUCAUCGACGCCAACGGUGCUAAGUGGUGGGACGGCAAGGGUUCCAACGGUGGAAAGACCAAGCCCAAGUUCUUCUACGCCCACUCCAUGAAGCAGUCUUCGAUCAGCAACCUGAACGUCAAGAACACCCCUGUUCAGGGCUUCAGCAUUAACUCCUCGACCGACCUUACCCUGAGUGGCAUCACCAUUGACAACUCAGCCGGAGACGUCACCAACGGUGGCCACAACACCGAUGCUUUCGAUGUCGGUAGCUCCACUGGCAUCACCAUCACCGGCGCGAACGUGAAGAACCAGGAUGACUGCCUCGCUAUCAACAGCGGUACCAACAUCGUCUUCACCAAGGGUACCUGCUCCGGCGGUCACGGUCUCAGCAUCGGUUCAGUCGGCGGCCGCUCCGACAACGUCGUCAAGGACGUCACUAUCUCUGACUCCACCAUCAAGAACUCCGACAACGGUGUCCGCAUCAAGACCGUCUACGGCGCUACUGGCUCGGUUUCCGGUGUGACAUACAGCGGUAUCACCCUUAGCAACAUCAGCAAGUACGGCAUUGUCAUCGAGCAGGAUUACGAGAACGGCAGCCCCACUGGAUCCCCCACCACCGGUGUGCCCAUCACCGGCCUUACCGUCAAGAACGUCAAGGGUAGCAUCGCCUCCAGCGGUACUGACGUCUACAUUCUGUGCGGAAAGGGUGCUUGCUCCAACUGGACCUGGUCCGGUAACGCCCUUACCGGCGGCAAGAAGAGCUCCACCUGCGCCAACAUCCCCAGCGGUGGUGCUUCUUGCUAAGCUUGCCCUGAUGGGUGUGGCUAGCUUGGAAUAUUUCAAGGUUUCUGUAAAUGAGCUU